CGUCUAUUUUUGUUAUUUUUCCUCUAUUCGCUCGGGGUUUGAUUGGUUUCAGCUUGACUGUGUUGUUCUACAUCAUCAAAUGUACAAGACAAUCAAGACGUUCGGCAAGUCAGGGACGCGGGUGGUGCGCGACGAUCCUUGGGCUCAGUUGGUGAGCGGGAGCGGCAACAGCGGCUUGGACAGUCCUUCCGAGACGACUACGACCACGACCAGCUACAAUGCACUCGGCUCCAUUUCCAUGUUCAACAAUGCUGCAUCGGCGUUCGAUGCCAUGAUGGCCACGUCGAGCAACAGCAGCAGCAGCGGCGUCGGCAGCUUUAGCAACGCUCUUGGUGGAUUCGCAGGAAGCAGCUUUGGACCGGCCAACCCAAAGCCAGCCGUCGGCACGUCUUCAACGUGGUCUGUGUAUGAAGACAAACCAGCUGUGACAUUGCCAGCGGAGGUAACUGCAGCCGACGACGCGGUGCCCGUGGUCGAGUCGAGCCAGCCCGAGCUGGAACCGCCGCCCACUCUACGCCGCCGCGGUGGUCGCAAGCCAGCCACGUCCACCACCACAUCCACCAAAGCAUCAGCAAGCGAUUCAAGUGCUUUUUCACCCAGCCCGAGCAGCAACAGCAGCAGUAGUAGUUGUAGCAGUGGGAGUGAAAGCAACAGUCCGGUGGCAGAAGCAAAAUCGAGCAAACCCAAGCGCAGCUCCUCGAAGCAAGCCGGCAACGCAGUUCAACCUGUGCUCGUAUUAACCGAUUCAACCAACGCAAUGUCGCCAGCGUCGCCACAACAAUCAAGCAAAGGCUCGAAGAAGAAAGCGAGUGCCCCCAAGACUGCUACCAACAAGGCGAUGGAUGCCGAAAAUCCAGUUGUUCCGGCACGGCGUGGUGGUCGCGCUGCGAAAGCUGGCAAGGGAGCUGCAGUCUCUCCAAAGACACAAACCGAGGACAAGCAAGCAUCUCCGCAAACCAUGGUACCUGCAUCGAUUGACAUUGACGAGCAACCAGAGGCAUCGCCGCACGAGCAACCAUCAAACCUCGUGCUGGACAAUGUCGAGUCAGUCGAGUCUGUCGAGUCUAUCGAGUCUGUCGAGCCCGCAAGCCAGAGCCAAGCUACCCAACUUGCACCCGUACUUUCAACUGGCUUUGUCGUACCACGAGCGCGCAAGGCAGUCGCUUUCGCCGAUCUGUCGAUGAGCUUUGACACGUCGUUCGACUUUCACAAUUUGCAAGAAACAGCUCAGCGCCAACCAGGCAACAACCACCAUCGCUACUCGCGCGCUCCUGCUGCACCUGCAAACCGCAAGUCGAUCGCUACAGCGGCAGUUUCAGUUGCAUCUCCCGUUCUUUCCCAUUUUGAUGCCAGCUCUCCGAUGCCAAAGCAUCCACCAACCAACGCUUUCGCAAUGCACUCAUCGCCAGAGGCUCGCUUUGUCUUGGAUGAUUCCGUUGACUUGACAAUGGAUUCUCCGUUUGUUCGCAUGAGCGCGGAUGCAGAGUGGAUGGCGGAGAAAGUCGGUGGUGUCUUGUCGCCAGUCAAGGCAAGGCGAAAGACCGUCACGAUCAGCAGUUCACCGCCACAGUCCCCAGCACAUCAUGCAGCGUCAACUGAUGUACUGGGAACAGCAACGCAGGAGAAGGAGGAGGAGGAGGAGGAGGAGCAACAGCCUGCCGACCCGGUCCCUUCAACUGGUGCUGAUCUGAGCAUGCUUGGCGGAUCCUGGCCAGACUUUGAAGACGACGCCGUGAUGGAAACCAACGCGCUUUUCCGGCGCAUGACCAUUGGUGGAAAUCGCCGCCGAUCAUUGCAUCCACGCAUCCUUUUAGAUACCUCCUUAACCAAUGGAUCGGGCUCUGCUAGCCCCGUAGCAGCCUCCGUCACGCUGCCGUCUCCAAGUCCUUUGCCAUCCCUCUCGAUGCCGUCCGACUCACCCGCGCCACUGGGGGCAGUCCCAGAGCCGCACACGGAGGAAGAGACCACAACAGACUCGGCGCCAACUUGCCCGAGUCCCGUUCCAGCAGCUGCAGACAACAGCACAAACUCGCAUUCCUCCUCUCUACCUGCAAUUGCCGCCAAUACGACUCUUCCUCUUGGCACGCGAUUGCUGGCGGCUUGCGGACAAACCAAUGUUCCGAGUCUGGAGCAGCAUCUCGGUGCAGACAUGCUCAAAACCUGCAUCAAGAUUGGCGAAGGCGCGUACGGUGAAGUCUUCAAAGCCAAAUGGCAAGGACGGGACGCUGCGUUCAAGGUGGUUCCGAUUGAUGGGUGUCUUACAAAGUCGAAGGGCAUGCCAAUGUCAAACGAGGAAGCCUCGAAAUCCGAUGCCUUGAAUGUCGAGAUUAACGGGGGUCGGCCGUUGUCGGUGACUGCAGUCUUGCCCGAGGUGAUUAUCACUCGGUCGCUCCACACCUUGCGGGCUAGCAACUCCGGUGCUGUUCUGGAAGCUUCAGUGCCCGCCAAUGUGAGUGGUGAGGAGGCAGCAGCUGACACCGAGCAACGCCCUGCUCGGCGAAACGGCAAAAAGAGUGCCGGAUCCAAGUCAGCCUCACCCGCAUUGAAGAAAGUUGCGACCAGCUCCAACUCCAGCGACUUUGCUGGCUUGAGUAGUACCUCCUUUAUCGAAUUGAUGAGCGUUCAUCUUUGCCAUGGACCGUAUCCAAAGAAGCUACUGGCCAGCUGGGACAAGUACGACACGGAGCGCGAGUCGGAAAAUGAUCGGCCUGAUUGCUUUAACAAUCGCCAGUUGUUUGUUGUGUUUACGUUCGCCAAUGGUGGGCGCGAUUUGGAACACUUUGAGUUCAACACGUUCGCCGAGGCCAAGUGCGUCCUGUACCAAGUCUGCCUUGGCAUUGCGGUGGCGGAGAAGCGAUUCAAAUUCGAGCACCGAGAUCUUCAUUGGGGCAACAUUCUCAUCAUGCGCGAAGCAGCAAGUGUGACUUCGUAUGGCAUGGGUGCUGGCCAACCAGUAGUCCGUAUUGACAAUAUGGGACUACGCGCCAGCAUCAUUGACUUUACAUUGUCACGCCUGGAACCAGAGCCUGGAGCUGUCAUGAGCAGCAAUCUGUCCGCAGAUCCAGCCAUCUUUGAAGGCGAGGGCGACUACCAGUUUGACAUUUAUCGCAAGAUGCGCGACUUCACCGGACAAGUCUGGGAAGCCUUCCAUCCGUACACGAACGUCCUGUGGGUGCACUACUUGGCCGACAAGCUCAUCAAUGAGAAGAAGUAUCCGAGCGAGAGCAAGAAAUCCGUUUGCGACGAGAAGCGAGCGCUUCGCGCCUUCCAAAAGCGCAUCCUGUUAUGCGACAGCAUGUCCACCCUGAUUGAUGAUCCGCUGUUUGCUUCUCUACGAUUGUAGAUCUGGUGUUCUGGGUUGCUAAAUUACUAGUAUGUUUGGUUCAGUC